AUGGAUCUCCAAGGCACUCCCAUCGGCACUGGCCCCCGCAGCACCAAGGUCACCACCGACCCUCGUGCUUACCAGGAACCUAUCGCUGAGCCCUCUGGCCCCGUCGCCUCCGACUCUCUCGCCGCCGAGUCCGUUCGCAGCGGCGGUGCCUUUGCCGAAAACCGUGGUGCUGAUCCCGUCGGUCCUUCGGGCAACAAGUCGACCCUCAACACCACCGAUACCUCCGCCGCUUCAGAGCUCCCUUCCGCUGCUGCGGGCAGUCUGCGGGAGAACACUCAACGGCAGGAGAAGUACCCCGAGGCCCUGGGUGGCCAGGGUAACUUCCCCGGUACCCAUGUGAACGGAUACGCGGGCGGUUCUACCGCUGCCAAGCAGGAGAUGGGCAUGCACCAGGGUGGACACGCUGCCUCUCAACAGUCCUCCGGCCAGGCCAAGGCCAGCAGCAGCACCAGCAGCAGCCAGCACGUUGGGGGCCAGGCUCCUUCGUACGUGAGCGAUGUUACUCCCGGCCACCAGGCCCAGCAGCCCAAGGGCGCCAACAACCAGCAAGCCCAGUUCGGCUCUGAGGACAAGAACGCCAGCUUCAACGCCGAGAUUGGCUCCGAGAACGACCCUGGCCGCCUGGCCGAACAAAAAUUCCAACAGAUUAAUGCUCACAGCGCCAACGACAGUGGUCGUACCAACCAGAAGGGUGUCCACGACGAGAAUGUCUACACCACCCUGUCGGGCGAUCAGCGCGCUUAG